UUUCACCCCAAAUGUCAAUUUUUCGUCAUCCUCAUAAUUUGCCCCUUUGGAAUCCUUUUAGGGUUUACCCUCUCAAUUUUCUCUGCUCCCCGCCUGCCCUAAACGAACACCUUGGUCUCUGUCGCUCUUCUGCUUCGUCUCUGUCACAAAAAUCACUAGGAGUAGGAACUAUUUAAUAUAAAUCAAUGAAGCAUAUUGUGAAAAUUCUGACAUUGUUAGUGGCCAUCUCUGCCUUGUGGAUUGGUCUCCUACAGACGUCUAUUAUCCCACGUAGUCAUACUUGGUUGCUACCAAUAUAUUUCAUUGUGUCUCUAGGAUGCUAUGGCCUGCUAAUGGUUGGAGUUGGUCUCAUGCAAUUUCCGACUUGUCCUCAAGAGGCAGUACUGUUGCAGCAGGACAUAGCUGAGGCCAAGGAUUUUUUAAAGCAGAAAGGGGUUGAUGUGGCUGGCUGUGAUUGAUUCUGCACGCAGAGUACUCCCUCUUCUGUGUUUGGAUAUAAAGAAAAGACCAAAUUUAGUAUAGAAUCCAUUGAACUCCCCUCGUUCUUGCAGUGAUAUGGUGGAUGACUUCAUGACACCUUAUUGUUUCUGACUUGUGGAAAAUUGGAGUUUUUAACUUGCCAGGUUUUACUCAAGGUUCUAAAAGACGCUAGACGCUAGUCGGGCGGCAGGCUGGGAACUAGUGCCUAGGCGCCUAUGCGGGGUCUAGGCAGGUGGCUAGGCGGACUAGGUGGAUUUAAGUAAAUCCAUUAUAUUUCGUGUAAAUAAGUGUGUUUAUACUUAAAAUAUAUAUAAUUUCAUCACAAACUACAAAAUAGAAUAACAUAUGUAUUAUGAAGUAUUGGAACAUAAUGAAAACAUGUGGAACAAACAUAUAGUGUGUGCUCAUUUAAGUAUUCAACAAGUCUUUUACAAUUUAUUGAAAAAAUUAAAUGCAAAUUGAAAGUUAUCUAUUUUCUGUCUAAGUGAGUCGCAACCUAGGCAGGUGCCUAGGUGGGUCUGAACGGAUUAGGUGGGUGCCUUGGCGAUUUAGGCGGGGAUUUUUAGAACAAUGGUUUUCUAGGUUGAAGCAAUGAACAACGCCUUAGGAGUUUCUAACUUAUAGCUUCAAAGAAAAGGCCAUUGAUUGUGGGAAGUAGAAAGAACUUUUGGAAAGUGUACAUCUCACCGUUGAUGGAUUCCUGUCUGUCUGUGUCUCGGAUGAAAUGUUUAUUUUUGUUCUUUCGGUACAAA